AUGGAUGGUUUGGAUAAUCACACAAUGCAGAGACCGCCCUGCAGGGCCCCUUGCAUUCCCUUCGGUCCUGACGCAAAUUGUACCCUCGAAAUCUGCGGUCCUGAUUUCAGCGUCUAUGGCUACAUCCCCGGGCUGAGCUCCAAUGCCAUCUUCCUAGCCAUCUUCGCGGUAGCCAUGCUCGCCCAUGUCAUCAUUGGCCUGAUAUGGAAGCAGUGGUGGUUCAUGUGUUGUAUGGUCGCCGGCUGUGUCGACGAGAUUUUAGGCUAUGCCGGGCGUGUGUGGAUGAACCAAGAUCUCUGGAACUUCAAGGCCUUCAUGAUCCAAGUCGUCUGUGUCACAACUGCUCCGGUUUUCUUCUGUGCUGCCAUCUACGUCCUGCUGGCUAAAACAAUCCUAGCUUUCGGGCCCUCCUUCUCACGAUUCAAUCCCGCUCUGUUCUACUGGAUCUUCAUCCCAUGUGAUGUUGUUUCUCUGGUGCUUCAAGCCGCCGGCGGUGCCCUGUCGUCAACGUCGUCGGGCAAGAACCAGGCAGGCAUCAAUCUCGCCCUCGCAGGUCUCGCGCUGCAGGUCAUCUUUCUCGUCAUCUUCUGCGGCCUGUACGCCGACUACCUCUGGCGGUAUUUCAAAUCAGAGGAGUUCCUGGCCCGCGCCCACACGCAGAAGUCGUUUGCACGGCGGCUGAAGCUGUUCUACGCCUCAGAAGCAUUGGCCGUUGCUAUGAUCUUGAUGAGAUGUGCCUUUAGGGUCCAUGAGCUGAAGGAUGGGUACACGCAGUCGAACCAAAUGCUCCGUCAUGAGGAACUGUUCAUUGGUCUUGAGGGCGUUCCCAUCGUUCUCGCCGCCUUCUUUCUAGCCGUUGGCCACCCCGGUCUGAUUUUUGGCGAUGGCACCCGGCGCAGGUCUCCAUUGGCGUCGCCUAAGCAGUUUGAUGCAGAAGGCAACAAAGAAAAGGCAGCCGAGACGCCAGCCGAAGCCCCGGCUAAGGAGCCGGCUGAAGAGGCGGUUGAAGAGGUGGCCGAAGGGGCACACGAGGAGUCUGUUUCAACUUGA